AUGAAUCCUAAAAAUAGUUUAUUUUAAGUGAUUAGUUAUUGUGCUUUGAUUAAAUAAAAAGAUUUAAAAUAAAUGUUCAAUCGUAUUACAAGGUUGGCUGCAUUGUAACACAAAGUUGUUAAAUGUUUUGAUCUUCAUGAAUACCAAAGUAAAGACUUGAUGAGAGGAUUCAAUGUCAGAGUGUAAAAAGGAGCAAUCGCUUUGAAUGCUGACGAUGCUGCCAAAGUAGCAAAAACACUUGAUCCAAGUGGUGGUUUGAUUCUUAAGUCAUAAGUCCAUGCUGGUGGAAGAGGAAAGGGAACAUUAUCAAGUGGUUUGAAAGGAGGAGUAAAAAUCUGCAAAACUCCAGAAGAAGUAGCCAACUAUACUAAAUAAAUGAUUGGAUAUAAAUUGGUAACACAUUAGACACCAAAAGAAGGUUUAUAAGUGAAUGCAGUGCUUGUACAUGAAGGUGUGGAUAUAGUACGUCAAUUAUACUUAGCAUUUAUUCUGGAUAGAAAUUCUUAAAAGCCAGCUAUUGUUGCAUCAAUUAAUGGUGGAAUGGAAAUCGAAGAAGUAGCAAAGACAGAUCCAAAUAGUAUUAUUGUGUUACCAAUUGAUAUAAACACAGGAUUGACUGAUCAAAUUGCCAAUAAGGUUGUUGACACUCUUCAAUUAUAAUCUGUUAGAUAAUAAGCAGUCGAAUAAUUGAGAAAUCUGUAUAAGAUGUUUAUCUCAUUGGAUGCUACUUAAGUAGAAAUCAAUCCAUGGGCAACAGAUCCAAAGAAUCAAUUAUUCUGCAUCGAUGCUAAAAUUAAUGUUGAUGACAACGCUAAAUUUAGAUAAAAGUAGUUGGUAGAUUUGAGAAAAACAUCAGUUGCAUCAGAAUAGGUAGACCCACAUGAAGAAUUGGCAUUGGCAGCAGGAUUGAACUAUGUUGCAUUAGAUGGAAAUAUUGGUUGUAUGGUGAAUGGAGCUGGUUUGGCAAUGGCUACAAUGGACAUUAUUAAAUUAUAUGGUGGAGAACCUGCCAAUUUCUUAGAUGUCGGAGGUGGUGCUAAUGUUGAAUAAGUUAAGACAGCUUUUGAAAUCUUGAACUCACACCCAAGGGUAGAGACAAUCCUUAUUAAUAUUUUUGGUGGUAUUAUGAAAUGCAACAUUAUUGCUGAAGGUAUUAUCAAAGCAGCUUAAUUGGUUGAUUUAAAGACACCAUUAGUUGUUAGAUUAACAGGAACAAAUUCAUAAUAAGGCGCCAAGAUGUUGGAUGAAUUUGCCAAAUCAUAGACUAAAGUAUCAAUUACAACUGCAACAGAUUUAGAUGAUGCAGCAUAAAAGUCUGUUAAAAUUGCACACACAUCAAAGAAGAAUUGAUUUAUCAAUAUUCAAGUUCAUUUAUUUAUUUCUUUAA